UGAGGUUGGCGUGGGGUGGACGCUCUUGUCUGUGUUUUGGCAGGGGACUAGUGUGAAAGGAGCAGAGCUGAAAGAAAGAUUCACAGAGAGGCUCAGUGAAAGGCAUGUGCAGAAUGUGAUUGGGAACUAGAAAUGCAAGUACAGAGCUGUAGUAAGAGAGGGAUCCAGAGGAACGGUUCAAAAGAGGAGGAUGUUUGUGGUGGAAGAUAAGAACUGAGGAGAAAUCAAAAGAAAGUCCUGGAUUUCAAACACGGCAAAAGGAAACCAGUAAACAGAGACCACUGGUAUUCCUGUGUGGCACAGUGGAGCGGGAAGACUGACCGGAGGACACCGGUUAAACUCAGGUGGUGGGUGCCACAUUACAGCGGAGAGGAACCCUAAUGGUUCCCCACUGUGGAAGAACAGACACUACAUUGAUACCAUAGAGGCGGCAAGCUGCAGUUGAGCCGGAGACAGGUGGGCCGGUAAGGGUACGGUAGUGGUGACACCUUGGGGCUGAGCUGGUGUGCCGAUAGGAGGAGGAGGAAGGAAACUGACGUGGGCCUGGAGCCCAGUGAGAGCCAGGAUGGCCGAGCAGAAAGUUAGCCUCCCUGCUAAGCUGAUUAAUGGGGGCGUGGCAGGGCUGGUGGGUGUGACCUGUGUGUUUCCUAUUGAUCUGGCCAAGACCCGCCUACAGAACCAGCAGGGUGCCCGAGUCUACACCGGGAUGCUGGACUGUUUGACGAAGACAGUUAAGAUGGAAGGCUACUUUGGGAUGUAUCGAGGUGCAGUAGUGAAUCUCACUCUUGUCACACCAGAGAAAGCCAUCAAACUGGCAGCAAAUGAUAUCUUCAGACAGAAGCUCUCCAAGGAUGGGAAAUUGCCCCUAUGGGGGGAGAUACUUGCAGGAUGUGGGGCGGGGACGUGCCAGGUGAUAGUGACCACACCAAUGGAGAUGCUCAAGAUCCAGUUGCAAGAUGCAGGAAGGUUGGCUGCCAUAACCAGAGUGGUCCAAGCAGCUCCUGGUCCAGCACCGUCAUUGGUGCCCCCCCCUCCAGCCCAGCCUACCCCUCCACCACGGACCACUGCCAUCCGUAUCACCCUGGAGCUACUGAAGACACGCGGCCUGCCUGGCCUCUACCGGGGAGCAGGAGCCACACUGAUGAGGGACGUCCCUUUCUCUAUGAUCUACUUCCCACUGUUCGCCAACCUGAACGCGCUGGGCCGGGGAGGGCCGGGUAGCCAUGGAGACCUGCAAGAGCGGGCCCCCUUCCUGCAGUCCUUCACGGCAGGCUGCACAGCCGGAUCAGUGGCAGCUGUAGCUGUCACGCCACUGGACGUCAUAAAGACUCGUAUACAGACCUUGCAGAAGGGGGAGGGGGAGGACACAUACCGAGGCAUUGUUGACUGCACACGGCGGAUCUGGAGUAAAGAGGGCCCAGCAACAUUCCUCAAGGGGGCGACGUGUCGCGCUCUGGUCAUUGCCCCUCUCUUCGGCAUCGCACAGGGGGUCUACUUUCUGGGCGUAGGAGAGCAGUUGCUAGGGCUACUGGGAUAGCAGCAGAAUGCGGCAGUGACCCUUUACUGUAUAGAACAUACUGCUUCAUUCAGCAGUGAAAAUGAAUGGAGGGAGAGAGGAGAGUGGGGCCCUAACUGUAUGAGCACUGAGUACAUGGAGAGAGAGCGAGAGAAAUACCGAAAGAGAGAGGUCACAAUCAGCUAACCAAAUGAUGAAAAAAAGAGGAAGAGUGUGAAAGAUGAGGAGGCUCUAACUGCUAACAUGGGAAACAACAUUGCACACUAAUUAUGUUUGUCUAGAUUUCUAAAAGCUGUAAGCAGGGUUCUAUAGGUUAAACCGGCUCCUGAGUGUUUAUGUAUGUGACUAAUCUGGAGGUGUCUCAGCCAGGUUGGUGUCUUGGGGUUGUAUUUUCAACCAGAGAGUUAACUCUCCAUGGUUCUUAUGCAGAAGGGUCCUUGAGUUUGCCAUCACUAAGGAAGUUGCCAAGCUAUCGUGUUAUUUGUUUGACAAUAGCACUGUAUGUAAGUGACAAAAUCCUCUUGAAAUUUGUUUUCAAACUAUCAAAUAUUUGUAUGAAUGUUGUAUAAUGUUGACUACCUUACCAUGUCUAAACUAGAAUUAGGCCCGCAUUUCAAAGCAAAUGGUUCACCUUUCAGAGAGAUAUCCUUUUUGUUUUGUUUUAUGAAAAAGGAUUUAACCUCCACAUUAGCUCAGUGAGUUGCUAUCCCAUCCGUGAGUCCAGAGUUGUAAUCUUGGACUCCUCCUGUGUCAAGCACUGCCAGUUAACUGUAUAGGGUCAGUUGUUAAUGCUUUAAUCCUAUCUCUGUACUGUAACCCACUAAACAGCCAGGCUCCUCGCCUACAGAUUAGACUGCUGGGCCUGCACUCUGAGGCCUUACCUUCCUGUUCACCAUAACUCUGAGGCUCAGAAGCAAACCUCCUCUACCUGUAUUACUGUUAGCUUAACUUUUUUUAAUGCUUCUUUGAAUGACAUGUCAUUUGCACAAUAAAAAUAAAGCCUUAUUUUGCUGA